GAUAAACAGACAGAAAGAUAGGUAGCUCGAUAGCCAGCUCGCUGCAAAGACAUCUAGAUAGAUAGACAGUUUAAGGUCCUGGCAAGUUUGAGCCAGAAACAAAAUAAUAUAAACAAUAAAAGUACAAAUAUAGCCCAAUUGCCACUCCAAUGGCCAAACAACUAGUGAAUGUAUUAUAAUGGUAGUAAUUAUUUAAUGGCAUAUUGAUGAGUUAAAUCCACCAGCAUGUAUUUAGCAUGUAGCGUUCAAGCGUGAAACACUAAAAAGCUUGAAUUUAAGGCUUAAUUUAAGGCAAUCCUCAUCCCCAGCCCCCACCCCGACUCCAAACGACCCUUUAAGGACAUAUUCCUGCAAUGACUCGUUCACCCGCAUUAUCUCCUCUGGAUUGACAUGCACAAGAAAGCAUACACUCUCACAAACAAACAUGCACAUAUGCACACACACACACACACACACACACACACGUGUGUGUGUGUGUGCGCAUGCUUAUCAGCUUGAAGGUCUUCAAGGGCCACACAUUAUCUCGGUAGAGUGUUUCCAUUCCAUCUUUGGUCAUCGCGGUUGGCCAGACACAGCCUAUAAGAACAUUGCACGUCCCUUGCCCGCCACUUCGCCAACAUGGCCCCCAAGAAAGUGGAAGCCAAGAAGCCCGCAGAGGCCAAGAAGGUAGCAGAGGCCAAGAAGGAUGAGAGCGCUGCGCCGCCACCCAAAGCUCCAGAACCCGAGCCCAAAGCGUGCGAGGUGGACCUGAAGAGCGUGGUGGUGGAGUUCAGUGCCGAGCAGAUGGAGGAGUUCCGCGACGCAUUCACCCUGUUUGACGAGACGCCGACGGGCGAGAUGAAAAUCACCUACGCGCAAUGCGGAGACGUGAUGCGGGCGCUCGGCCACAACCCGACCAACGACGACGUCCUGAAGCUGCUGGGCCGGCCCAAAGCCGAGGAGAUGCACGCGAAGCUGCUCGACUUUGACUCCUUCCUGCCGAUGCUGCAGCACGUGGCUCGCGCCAAGGACCACGGUCACUUUGAAGACUUCGUGGAGGGUCUUCGGGUGUUCGACAAGGAGGGCAACGGCACCGUCAUGGGCGCCGAGCUCCGUCACGUCCUGUCCACCCUUGGGGAGAAGAUGACGGAAGACGAGGUGGACCGGCUCAUGGCCGGGCAGGAGGACGCCAACGGGCACGUUAACUACACGGACUUUGUCAAACACAUCAUGGCCGGAUGAAGACGGGCGUGUACUUCUGCUCCUGUUCCGCGCGAUACUGUGCCGGUCAUCUAUUUCUCAGUGCUUCUGUGGUUGACUGUUGUGUUGAAAGAAUGAAACGUGUCAAGCCUCGAAUAAAGACGCCGUUCUUCUUG